AUGGCUCCCGCAAAGGCCUCCGCCAACAAGUACUCGGUGAUCCUGCCGACGUACAACGAGCGCCGCAACCUGCCCAUCAUCACGUGGCUGCUCAACCGCACCUUCACCGAGAGCAACCUCGACUGGGAGCUCAUCAUCGUCGACGACGGCUCCCCCGACGGCACGCAGACGGUCGCCAACCAGCUCGUCAAGGCCUACAGCCCGCACGUCCAGCUCAAGCCCCGCGCCGGCAAGCUCGGCCUCGGCACCGCCUACGUGCACGGCCUGCAGUUCGUCACGGGCAACUUCGUCAUCAUCAUGGACGCCGACUUCAGCCACCACCCCAAGUUCAUCCCGCAGAUGGGUGGCGCGCCAGCGCGAGGGCCGACUACGACAUCGUCACGGGCACGCGCUACGCGCGAUGCGGCGUCUACGGAUGGGACUCAAGCGCAACGACUCACGGGCAGCUUCCGCCUCUACAAGAAGAGCGUGCUCCAGAAGGUCAUCAGCAGCACCGAGAGCAAGGGCUACACGUUCCAGAUGGAGAUGAUGGUCCGCGCCAAGGGCAUGGGCUGCACGGUUGCCGAGGUGCCCAUCAGCUUCGUCGACCGCGUCUAUGGCGAGAGCAAGCUCGGCGGCGACGAAAUUGUCGAGUACGCCAAGGGCGUGCUGAACCUGUGGUUCAAGGUAUAG